AUGGAUUUUUAUAGCAUAUAGGGAAAAAAAGGAAUAUAUCAUGUGUCAAAUCGUAAACUUGGUAGCGGAGCAAUAUCAGAAGUUUAUUAUGGUGAAAACUAUAAACAGGAAAAAGUUGCAAUUAAAAUCGUCAAAAGAGAAUAAUAUGCAGAAAAAAAGUAAAAUCUGUAUUAUUAAAGCGAGUUAGAGGUAUCUAAAUACUUAGCCUCUAAGGUUAAUAUAUAUGAAAACAUAUGCAGAAUUUUUGAUGUCAUUGAAUGCUAAGAUUAGUUCUUUGUAAUUAUGGAAUUUUGCGAAGGUGGGAAUCUUUUAGAUUAUAUUAUGAUGUAAAGUUAAGAAGAUAUAAACAAAAAUAUUCUUGAUAUAGCUUUAGAAAUUGUAAAAGGAGUUUCUUAUUUACACUAAAAUGGGAUUGUUCACAGAGAUUUAAAACCAGAAAAUAUAUAUUUAUAUAAAAAAAGAGUACCUAUUUAUUAUAAUCAGUUUUAAGAUAUUUACAUAUUCAAAAUUGGUGAUUUUGGGCUGAGUAAAUUCUUAAAAUCUAGCAACAAUUCAGUUGUAGGUACCAUUAAUUAUAUGGCUCCUGAAAUAUUAGAGAACAACUAUGGGAAAGAAGUCGAUAUUUGGAGUAUUGGAUGUAUUUUAUAUGAAUUAAAAACUUAAAAAUAAUUAUUUUAUUCACUAAAAAUGGAUUUAAGAGAAAUAAUAUCUUAAAUUAGAGCAUUUAAUUGUUAAAGAAGUAAUGAUAGUAAUAAUAUUGACUACUUGAUUUAAGUUUGUUUGGAAAGAAAUAAUUUAAAUAGAAUAACAAUAGAUAAAUUAUAAACUAAAAUUGAAAAAAUGAAAGAUAAUUUAGAAUAUGAGUUUAUUGAAAAUGAUAAUUCAUAGUUAGAAAUAUUUAAAAAAGAACCUUCACUCAGAAUGACUUAAUUUUAUAGUACAAUUCUAAAAAAAUCUACUCAUCCAUAUGAGCAAAACAUCUUUAAUAAUAAUUAAUUUAACUAAAAUGAUUAAUUAGAUAAUAUUUAAGAUUUAUAAUAAACAUAAGAUUACUAAAAUGUUAAUAUUACUGAAUAUGAAGCCUCUAGAACAGCGAGUUAUUAAGAAAUAAUGCCUUAUGAGACUUAAAGGGAUGAAACUUUUUCUUUAGAUUUAGAAUUAACAAAUGAUUAUUUUAAAGAUAAUAUUGAUUAAAUAAGAUAAUCAGAAUUAAGGAAUUCUUCUAAGUAUUAAUAGGAACCUGAUAUAUUGAAACCAAAAAGAAUAUUUUAAGAAAAUUAAGAUAAAGAGAAAAAUAAUAAAAUAAUUUAAAAUUUUGAAAACAAAUUCCUAAAAGCACUCUUAAAAAGCUAAGAUUAUUUAUAAGCAAUAGCAGAAAUAAAUAUAUUACUAGACCAAAUAAAGACAUAAUAUCUGGAAUAGUAUUUAAGUAAAAUAAUUGAAACAAUUCUCAUAAAUAAUAAUAAUAUAGAAAAGGAGUAUCAACAGCAAUAAUGUAACUCAAGUAUAAUAAAAAACUAAAAUAAAUAAGGUAUUACUAAAAUAUAAGAGGAAGAAUUUAUAUUUUAAAAGAUAGAAAAUUAAUCCCUCAAAUAGAUAAAAAAAAUUGUUUAAUUUUCUUUUGAUCAAUCAAAAAUGUUAAUGUCAUAGAACUAGAACUCUGCUUAAAGAUUAAAUUCUUUAUAAAAUAAAUCUUUAAGCAAAAUUGACUAUCUAAUUUCAAGCUAAGUUAAUUCUGUUAAAAGGACUUCUUAACUAAAUUUGUUUGAAAAUAAUUUCACAAGACAAAGAGUAUUUAGUAUAAAUACUAUCUCAUUAUCAUCUUUUAGUAUAGAUAGAAGAGAUAUAUUAAAUAACUUGGAUUUAAAAUAUAAUAUUUUUAUUUAGCUUAUUAUAAACUAGAUAUACGACACAAUCAAUUUACAAUAGUUUCUUAUUUUUCUAAUUUAUUGUACAAUUAGUAAACAUAUCAAUGAAUAAUUACCAGGUGAUAAGAGAAUUACAUACAAAGAAACAUAAAAUUAUACCAAAAAAAACUAUCCUUAUUGUAGCCUAAUAUUUUUGAUGAUGUUUAAUAAAAUAGUUUAAAUUAUAAAAUCUAAAUCCAGAAUUAGCGACUCAAGUUUAGGAAACAUUAAGCAAGAAGCUUUCAAGAUAUUUAAAAUUUUGAUUAAGGAAAUAGAAAUCUAUUAAAAUUUUGUUGAAUUCAUAGACGAUUAUUUUAAAUUUAUCCAAAACGAAAAAGAUAAAAAAAAUAAAUAUAUUUUUUUUGAUCAAGAAAUUAUCCAAUUACAAUUAGACUCUUAGUAAAGUAUACAGCUGAUUGAGAAAGAUCCUCUCAAAGUUGUCUAUUUUUAUAUAGAUAAUAAAAAUUAGCAAGGAAAUAUUCUCAUGUCUCAAACUUAAGAAUAAAUUUUUUUUUCUUAAAAAUAUUCAAACAUAGAAUAAAGUAUUUAUAAAUAAAAAUCUAAAAUUUGA